AGACGUCAGCGCGCGCGGGUCACGGGGGCGCUCUCCCUUUCCGGCCUCGCAGGCUGCCUGGCUGGGCGCACGGAGGGAGCUGCCACCGCCGCCGCCCUGUGAGGAGACGCCGCUGCCGCCAUCAUGCCGGUGUAUUUCCAGCGGCCCGAGAAUGCCCUGAAGAGGGCGAACGAAUUCCUUGAGGUUGGCAAAAAGCAGCCCGCCCUUGAUGUUCUCUAUGAUGUUAUGAAAAGUAAAAAACACCGAACAUGGCAAAAGAUUCACGAGCCGAUUAUGCUGAAGUACCUAGAGCUCUGUGUGGAUCUCCGCAAGAGUCAUCUGGCAAAAGAAGGACUGUACCAGUACAAGAAUAUUUGUCAGCAGGUGAACAUCAAAUCUUUAGAGGAUGUUGUUCGAGCCUAUUUAAAAUUAGCUGAAGAAAAAACAGAAGCAGCUAAGGAAGAAUCACAGCAGAUGGUACUAGAUAUAGAAGACUUAGAUAACAUUCAAACUCCAGAAAGUGUUCUUUUGAGUGCUGUAAGUGGGGAAGACACUCAGGAUCGUACUGACCGACUGCUUUUGACACCUUGGGUUAAAUUUCUGUGGGAAUCGUAUAGACAAUGUUUGGAUCUUCUCCGAAAUAAUUCUAGAGUGGAACGUCUGUACCAUGAUAUUGCACAGCAAGCUUUUAAGUUCUGCCUGCAGUACACGCGUAAGGCUGAGUUCCGUAAACUCUGUGAUAACCUGAGAAUGCAUUUGGGGCAGAUCCAGCGUCAUCAUAACCAAAGCACGGCAAUCAACCUCAACAAUCCCGAUAGUCAGUCAAUGCACUUGGAGACCAGGCUUGUGCAGCUUGACAGUGCUAUUAGCAUGGAACUGUGGCAGGAAGCUUUCAAAGCAGUGGAGGAUAUUCAUGGGCUAUUUGCACUGUCGAAGAAACCACCCAAACCACAGCUGAUGGCAAAUUAUUAUCACAAAGUUUCAACUGUUUUCUGGAAAUCAGGAAAUGCUCUUUUUCAUGCAUCCACACUUCACCGACUUUAUCACUUAUCAAGAGAAAUGCGGAAGAAUCUCACACAAGAGGAGAUGCAGAGGAUGUCCACUCGAGUCCUUUUGGCCACUCUGUCGAUUCCUAUAACUCCUGAGCGAACUGAUAUUGCUCGCCUUCUGGAUAUGGAUGGCAUUAUUGUUGAAAAACAGCGGCGUCUGGCAACCCUGUUGGGUCUUCAGGCCCCACCUACACGUGGCAGUCUUAUUAAUGAUAUGGUAAGGUUCAAUGUAGUGCAGUAUGUUGUUCCAGAAGUGAAAGAGCUUUACAAUUGGCUUGAAGUAGACUUUCACCCACUAAAGUUGUGUAGUCGUGUCAGCAAGGUUCUGAACUGGGUGAAAGAUCAAGCUGAAAAGGAGCCUGAACUGCAACUCUAUGUUCCUCACCUGCAAAACAAUACCAUUCUUCGACUUCUGCAGCAGGUGGCCCAGAUUUAUCAAAGCAUUGAAUUUUCUCGUCUGGCUAACCUGGUUCCUUUUGUUGAUGCCUUCCAGUUGGAACGUGCUAUUGUAGAUGCAGCCAGACAUUGUGACUUACAAGUUCGCCUUGAUCAUACUUCUCGAACACUGAGCUUUGGUUCAGAUUUGAAUUACAGCACUAGAGAAGAUGCUCCACUAGGCCCUCAGCUACAAAGCAUGCCUUCUGAGCAAAUUAGAAAUCAGUUGACUGCUAUGUCCUCAGCUCUGGCUAAGGCUCUUGCAGUCAUUAAACCUCCUCACUUACUGCAAGAGAAGGAAGAACAGCAUCAGCUGGCAGUCAAUGCCUUCUUAAAAAAUUCAAGGAAGGAGCAUCAACGUAUUCUUGCACGUCGUCAGACUAUAGAGGAAAGAAAAGAGCGCCUUGAAAGUUUAAACAUUCAGCGUGAAAAAGAAGAACUGGAACAACGUGAAGCAGAAUUACAAAAAGUUCGAAAAGCUGAAGAAGAGAGACUGCGCCAGGAAGCAAAGGAACGGGAGAAGGAGCGUAUCCUGCAAGAGCAUGAACAAAUCAAAAAGAAGACUGUUCGUGAGCGCUUGGAGCAGAUUAAGAAGACUGAACUGGGAGCCAAAGCAUUUAAAGAUAUUGAUAUUGAGGAUCUUGAGGAGUUGGAUCCUGACUUUAUUAUGGCUAAGCAAGUUGAACAGCUGGAGAAAGAGAAGAAGGAACUCCAGGAACGUCUGAAGAAUCAGGAGAAAAAGAUUGACUAUUUUGAAAGAGCGAAGCGCUUAGAAGAAAUUCCGUUAAUAAAGACUGCCUAUGAGGAACAAAGAGUGCAUGAUAUGGAGUUGUGGGAGCAACAGGAAGAAGAAAGGAUCACUACUUUGCAGUUGGAGCGUGAGAAAGCCCUUGAGCAUAAGAACAGACUGUCAAGGAUGUUGGAGGAUAGGGAUUUAUUUGAAGCCAGGCUCAAAGCGUCACGACGAACAGUUUAUGAGGAUAAACUCAAGCAGUUCCAGGAAAGGUUAGCAGAGGAAAGGCGUAAUCGCUUGGAGGAACGCAAGAAGCAACGCAAAGAGGAGAGACGCAUUAUUUAUUACAAAGAAAAGGAAGAGGAAGAGCAAAGAUUACGAGAGGAACAACUGCUUAAAGAGCGUGAGGAGAAGGAGCGCAUUGAGCGAGAGAAACGUGAGCAAGAACAGCGUGAAUACCAGGAACGUGUCAAAAAACUAGAAGAACUAGAGAAGAAAAAACGCCAAAGAGAAAUGGAGAUAGAAGAAAGAGAGCGUCGCAGGGAAGAAGAAAGGAGGGGUCUGGAUGACCCAUUUUCAAGAAAGGAAUCUCGUUGGGGCGAUAGGGAGUCUGAAAGCUCCUGGAGAAGAGGUGGUGAGACAGAAUCUGAGUGGCGACGAGCACCAGUGGAAAGAGAUUGGCGUAGAGGAGAAGCAAGAGAUGAUGAAAGACCUUUUCGACGAGGGGAUGAUCUGCCCCGACGAGGGGAUGAUCUGCCCCGACGAGGGGAUGAUCUGCCCCGACGAGGUGCUGCUGAAGAAAAGGAACGUCCUCCUUUGGAAGCAGCUGAAGACAGGCCACCUAGGCGUGAAGGGGAAGAGGACAGGCCACCUAGGCGUGAAGGGGAAGAGGACAGGCCACCCAGACGUGGUUUGGAUGAAGACAGGCCUCCUAGGCGUGGUUUGGAUGAUGACAGAGGAAGCUGGAGAGUUGCAGAUGAUGACAGGGGUCCCAGGCGCGGGAUGGAUGAUGACAGGCCCCCCAGACGUGGUUUGGAUGAUGAUAGGCCACUGAGGCGUGGCUUGGAUGACGACAGGGGCAGUUGGCGUGCAGCAGACGAUGACAGAGGACCCAGACGUGGGCUGGAUGAUGACAGACCACCAAGGCGGGUUUUGGAUGAUGAUAGACCACCCAGGCGUGGGCUGGAUGAUGACAGGGGCAGUUGGCGUGCAGCAGAUGACGACAGGGGUCCCAGACGUGGGAUGGAUGACGACAGGGGUCCCAGACGUGGGAUGGAUGACGACAGGGGACCAUGGCGUAGUGCAGAUGAUGACAGGCUCUCCAGAAGAGAUGAUGACAGGGGUCCAUGGCGUAGUGGGGAUGAUUCACGGCCAGGUCCUUGGAGACCAUUUGGUAAACCAGGGGGGUGGAGAGAACGAGAAAAGGCUCGUGAGGACAGCUGGGGCCCCCCCCGAGACUCCAGACCUCCAGGAGACCGUGAAUGGGAUAGAGACAAAGAUCGUGAUGAAACUGAAAAAGACCGUGAAUUUGACAGAGACCGAGAUUUUGAUAGAGAUGAUCGUUUCAGGCGUCCCAGGGAUGAUGCUGGCUGGAGAAGAGGACCAGCUGAGGAAACUUCCAGCUGGAGGGAUUCAAGCCGUCGUGAAGAAUGGGACAGAGGUGGUCGUGACAUGAGAGAUCGACGUAUUGAUGACAGAGAUCUACCCCUCAGAAGGGGACCACCGCUCAGAUCUGACCGUGAAGAACCAAGCUCAUGGCGGCGUGCUGAUGAUAGGAGAGAAGAACGUGGAGAAGAACGUGAACCAGUGCGGCGAUCUGCUCCUGCUCCUGCUCCUGCUGCUCCUCCAGCUUCUGCUCCCCCACCAGUAUCAAAAGAACGAGAAAAAGAUGGGGAGAAGGAGAAGGGUUCCUGGAAGACAGAAAAGGAGCGUGAGUCUCUUCGCCGUACUAAAAAUGAGACAGAUGAAGAAGGAUGGACCACUGUACGACGUUAAGCGAAAAUCAAAACAGAGUUUAACCAAUGUUUUAGCUUUGAUUUGAUUGAAUCCACAGGUUAUAUUUGUGCUUAUAAACAUUCUCGAUUGGAAUUCUUUAACAAAUAUUUUGAGGUAACAUGAAAGCAUGAGCCUGAAUUACUUACUCAUAUAGAUUGAUCAUGCACAAAACUCACAGCAGAAGUUUGGAAAUUGAAUACCAGUUUUUGAAAUUUCAAAUAUUGCUUAUUUCAUGGAUCACUUGUUGCUAAAAUAAAAAGAAGCAAGCCCAACAGCUGUCUUGAAUAAUACUUCUAUCUUUCACCAAAACAAGCUGACCUUUUUUAUUUUUAGUUGUUCUUAAUUUGGAAUGGGGUAUUAUCAUCACAAAACAUGCAUCUGAAAACACCUCUGUUCACACAGUGGUGGAAUUAUUGAAAAGCAGAUCUGGAUCAAUUUCCAUAAUUAGCCAAAAAAAAAAGAUAUUAAACCCUCUCUUAUUUCGGUAUUUUUGAGGGCAAAUGGUUUUGAGAGACAUUUUAUCAUUAUCUAAAUUCAGUAAGUUGUUGAAAUUUGAAUUAAAUACAGUAAACAUUAUGAGCAUUAGCUACACUGGGAUAUUUUCUGUAGAUUUACUUGAAUACAUAUGCCUAUAAAGCCAUUUUGCAGUCAUUGUUCCAGUAAUGUAUACUGCUGCAGUGUACAACCACAAAACUGAAAGCUUUUAUGAUUCAAGCAUUUUGGUAAGCAUAUUGUUAUGUAUUUUCUGUUGCCAAGAGCACAGCUGCUUUUUCCAUUACUGGAUAAUUCAUGCCUUUCAAGGAUUUAUAAAUAUUGUCAUAUUUAAAAUGUGUGGUUUUGGAGAAAUUGUUGAUUCCCCCCCCCCCCCCCCCCCCCCCCCCAAAUUCUUUGUCUUCAGGGUACAUUCUUUCCCUUUCCAAAAAAGUGGUUUGUAGUAAUGGCUGUGUUGACUUCAAUUUUGGGGUGCAGUAACAAUGAUUAACUAUCUGGCCAUACUGAAGCCAACACAGAACUUGCUGCUGUGUGUUUCUUCAAUGAUAAAUAAACAACUUCUGGAAUUAG